ACUAUAUUGAAUGCAACAUCAAAUAAUCUUAUCUUGAAUUUCUUUCACCCACGUUACAGAUCUAGGCUGCAUAAUAAAUGCAUUUCCUACAUGUUAUUUUACAGCAAGAUUAAACAAGUCUCUUGUGCUGGAUCCAAACUCUUUGCAUGCCUCUGCUGCCACAAGGCACAGAUCCCAAAAUGAAGUCUUUUUAGAUAUACAAAUAAUUGCAUUAUUUAAAGAAUGGAAAAGUAAUUUGGGGGUUUGACAUUUAAUGUAAAUUCUUCAAAAGACAUUCAUUUUAAUUAGCAGAGAGCCUUCAUCUUUAUAAAUCCAAUAUUGAUUUAGUGUCAAAUCACUCUAAUGCAAGCCCUAAUGUCACUGGGGUUUGAAGUGAUUAAUAAUGAAAUAUUUUAUGGAUCUCAGUUAUGUAAAGGUUUCCAUCUGCACGAAUGUGUGUGUGUUUCUGUAGAUUUUUGCUUCUCCACUUUUCUUACAACUAUUUUUAAUGUUUUUGAAAGAAGUCUCUUAUGCUUUCCAAGGCUGCAUUUAUUUGAUCAAAAAUACAGUAAAAACACAUUUUGUGAAAUGAUAUUACAGUAAUAACAUGCCCUGCUUUUUAACUCCUCUUAGUAAACAAAUAUCUCUACUACGUCAUUCCCAAUUUGCAAUGUUCUUUCCAGACAUUCUGGAAUCUACUACAGUAGACGAAUGUUAGAGAAGCCUCACAUUACCAAAGCCUGUGCAGAUGGUGACGAUCUGGGCUGUUCAGUGACUCCACGUCCUGGGACUCAGUCUGAUGUGGUUUACUGAUAUGGCAUGGGCCCAUAUGCAGGUGCUCCUCUAUGCUCAGGUCUGAUCUUGGAGAUACCAGCUUUCAGGAAUGAGUCAGGGAUGAUUUUUAAUCUGCUUUUCUGUCUAAGAGCAAUUUCUAAGUUUUAAAACACUUCAAGGGCACCGUCUGUAGAGUCUUCACUGCUUCACUAACAACACUGCCCACAGUUCAGCAGUAUUGAUGGUGAAAUCUUGUGACCUUGGCCCAGUUUGUUUAUUUGGAUAUGUGAUGACUGGACCUUCUCUCCUGACCACUCUGGGUUUUCCAGAAGACCUUUAGAGAGUUAUACUCUGAAAGGGCUAUUUGCGGUUGUCAGCUUUAAUGCUGCUAGCAGUCCAGGAGAGAUAGAACAGCCUGCAUUCCUGAAGCCCACAUGAAUUUUAUUUAUUUUUUGCUUGGUAUAACCCAAACAUACCUGUGGCUGAUGUUGAGGGUCUUCACAUGCAGGCAAAGUCUAGUGAGUUCAGGUUUGUUAGUUUGUUAAAUCAAUCAGUUCAGAUGCUUUUCAACUUAUUUUACAUCUGAAGAUGUAAAAUAGUAGUGACUUCUAAGGAUGUGUUGUUUAUAAUAGGAAUCAUUGCUGUUGAUGCACAGAAAAGUCUUAGAUUGCUUUACAAAAUGGAUUUAAAACAAUUUUUUUAUAUACAAUGUAUUUUUUUAUUUCUUUUGCAUUAGCAAGCGAAAGUUUGUAAUCUUUGACUAUAGUUGGCUGUUGUUAAGCAUGGUGCACAGCAAAGUGUUAAUUGCUUUAGAAAAUGGUUUUAAAACGGGUUUUCUUUACAGUGCUUCUAUGUAAAAGUUGAGGGGGUGAACUGUCCCUUUAAGUUCCAUUCUUCCGCGGGAAAAUAUAGUCCCGGUUGACAGUAGUCUCUAUAGGUGCCGCCAGGUGAACAGGUGUUUCGCGUCAUAUUCGUUUUUACACUCUAAAAAUGUUUUCUAUGGUAGCCUAAUCUUGAAAUGUGAUUCAAGUGGUAACUGGUUUUAUUCAAGUCAACCAUUAGGUUAGAUCUACUCGGGUGAGAUUUAUCUCCUUAAGGAAAUAGCCGCGCGGUUUCGCUUUUAACUGUUUAUCGCUGCUGUAUGUCAACCAGUCCACAUCCAAGAACGAAACUAGCCGUUUUAUAAUUAUCACUCUCUCUAAACCCUUUGUAAAAUGCACGUCUCCUUAAAAACGCACUGACAGGGAAAAGCACUGAAAAAUAGACGGGGGAAGUCGGUUAAUAACUGUCCCCCUCGCGAUGAGCGAGCAUUACACCUGUGCCGGGUUGCGCACAAGCAAAGUCUGCGCGUCAGGAGGGAAAAAAAGAAAAGUUCCACGAGCCCAACGGUGACGCGCACCGAGAGUUGCGGAGCGUGCGAGUCCUGAAGGGCAAAAAAAGAAACGACCUUAACCAUAUCAAGGUGCAUUUCUCUCUUUCUUAUUUCAUAUAGGCGCACGUGCAUUGCAUUGCGCAUGUUGACAAUGUAGGUUAUGUAUAUGUCGAACAUUUUAAUUAUAUGAUCUUCUGUCUGGCAAGCAAAGCGUCAUGAUGGGUUUUGGUGGGCAUGAUUUCACUGGUGACCUACAGAAGCACGGGAUGCGCCGCAGAAAGCGGGUCUGAAAUGCCGGAUGGGAGACGCAGAGACCUUCAGGAGGCUCUUAACAUCGAUUCUUGAGGAUAUAUUUAUUUGUCACCGGAUAUAUUUAUCUGGACCAUCAGGACGCACUCUAGUGCCACCGGGAAUUUAGCUGCGAGGGAGCCGGUAUUAAUAAAAUGCAUGGAAAACUCUCCUGUAAAAGAACAUAUUGGGAUUUAUUGUAGUACUUAUAGGGCUAGUUAUUUGUAAUAAAUACACACCACGACCAUAAGCAUUUCAAAAGCCUGAUUUUAUACUCAAGGAGUCCAUGUUGUGUCUUUUUCUUCAUUUACCUAAACUUAAGAUAUUUAAUUUGUGUCUUUUUAUUUCCUUAUUAAACCAUGAAAGGGAUGACAAUUGCCUUGUUUUUUGAGAAUCUACUGAGUAAAUUGUCACUGUUUGGAUUAAAGAUGUUGGAUUCGGAUGUGAAAGUGGAAUAAUCAUUCAUAGAGAGUUAUCAACUGUAAGGACUGGACGUUGGACCUGCUAUAUACCUAUAUUAUUUACACAACUAUUUCUGACUUUUCUUGGUGAACUCAAACAAUGGGGACCAAGCUGCGAGUUAUUCUGGGAAUGUUUCAGUUCGUCUCAUUGACCAGGAUACCACCAACACAAUGUGCCAAAACAUCGUCAGGCCAUUGGAUGCCAACAGAGAGCCACAGAUCUGGAGAAGUGGUGAGGUGGUUAGAUGUGUAUCAAAGAAGCGGCUGUCAUCCCAGGGAGACGCUGGUGGAAGUUUGGCGGGAGUUUCCGUGGGAGACACAUCAUCUCUUCCUGCCGUCGUGUGUAACGCUGCGCCGCUGCGGAGGCUGCUGCUCCGAUGAAGCGCUGGAGUGUGUGCCGUCUCAAACACACACACUUGUCAUGGAGCUCAUGAGGACCUCAUACAUGAAGCAUGAACUUGUGCAGCUGCCUUUUAUUGAACAUAACCAGUGUGAGUGCAGGCUAAAAGCAAAUAUUUAUGCAGAAGAGCCAACCAGGCAAGGACCACAGAAAACAAGAAAAGGCAGAAAGCGACAAAGGGGGGAACGAAAAAGAAAAAAACACAUAGGAAAAAAGCCGACUCUCGUGCCAACUACACCCCCUCCACCUCCCACUCUACCACCUAGCUCCGCCCCUCCUUCACCUGUCAGAGAGGCGUGUCCACCAUGCCCCACCCACAGGAUGACAUCACAGCCUCCUUCUUGUGAAUGCAGGUGCAGUUUAAGGGAGAUGAGCUGUACAAAGAGAGGGAAGACACUUAACCAGCACAGCUGCCGAUGUGAAACCCAAAGCGAAUAGUGAAAUCAAACCACCCAUAUAAUCCACUGAUCAAACUUUGCACAGCUUUGAGGAGGUCAAAGGUUUGCUUAUUCUUUUGUCGUGGACUCUGAAGUUUGGGUCUUAUCCAGAAAGUGGGUUUGCAUUCAGGAACAAACCACAAGCCCACCCUCUGUCCCAUCUAGCUAUGUCCCCCACACCAUUACGGCAGUAUUAGAUCCAUAUUCAUUCCUUCUGCACUGUUUAUCCAUGUCUGUGCCG